GAUGAAAGAUAGAUUCUGUACAUAUAGUUAACUUAAUAUAUUAAUAGAGAAAUGAUUUCGCGGAGAAUUGGUUUUGAAUAUUGAGAAUAUGUGUAAAUCCUGAGUAGUCAGAUCGAAAAUGUCUUCGAAACGAACCAAUCGAGCUCGGCAAACUUCUGGUCCAGAUGUGGAAAAAGAUCAGAGUUUGCGCCGGUCUGCUCGAGCGCCAAAAACAACAGAACCAGAAAUAGAAACUUGUCCAAAAGAGAAGACAAGUGCAAUCAUUGGAAUGGAUAAUAUGCCGAAAGAGUUGACUGCAAUUUUCUGUGCCAGAGGUGCUGGGAAAAGACAGCCGAAGCUGAUGACGAAUAUUGUGUUGCCGAGUAUGAUAAAAGUGGGAGGAGAAAAUGAGGAGGAUGACGAUGACUUCCAUGUCCAAGAAGAGGAACUAGAGGAAGAGGAGUCGUCAAGUGAUGAUGAGAAAAAUGAUCAAGGUGCUUCUGCUGAUAGCAAUAAAGAAGAUGAUGAAGAUGAAUCUGAAAGCGAAGAGCAGCUUCAAAAUGUCUUGGGCGAUGUUGCCGACAGUAGCGACGAAGACCUCGACAAAACUCUAGACAAGUUCGGUCAACAACAGUCCGUUACCAAUGUAAUAGAUGCUAUUGGCUCCACAACUGUAACUCAACCUCUACUAUGUGCAGUGUGUCUUCUAACCGAAGGUGAAUUAGACGACUACAUUGUCCAAUGCGACAAAUGUGGAGUCUCAGUACACGAAGGAUGCUACGGUGAUUACCCUGACGUCGAUUCGGCUUCGGACAACCAAUCAGAAUCGAGCGAUGGGUCCGAAACCGAGCCUUGGUUCUGCUCUGUUUGUCUCGCAGGACUAAAAACCCCUCCCCCUUGCGAACUUUGCCCGUCUAUAGGGGGUAUCUACAAACGAACAGACGUGAAUAAGUGGAUACAUGUAGUGUGUGGCCUCUAUAUACACCAGGUGUCUUUUGGCGAGACUGACAGAUUAGAAAAUGCAUGUCUACAGACUAUUCCAUAUCAGCUCUGGGGUGCUAAGCAGUGUAUGUUCUGUGAGGAUGAGAGGUUCUCAAGGUCGGGCAUUACGCUCCAAUGCGGUGCUGGCCGCUGCAAAACAUACUUCCAUCCUUCUUGUGGACAAAAGAUGGGGUUUCUGGCGGAGGCCGAAGCAGCUGACACUUCGAAGCCUCAAAAUGAUGUAGAUGUUUUGGGCGGAGGAAACGGUGCUGGUCACCCAAGUGCUGUGAACUUCUUCGCCUACUGCAAAGUGCAUUCCGACUCAGACACCAUCAAGUCUAGACUGAGAGCCUACAAGAGUUUGCAGAAACAAAUCUCUAACUUCACUUGCUGCAUGACAGGCAAAAUUGAACGACGAUUCGAUCGGCAAAGUGCAAAGUACCUGGACAGUAGAAAAAACAUAGAGUCCUGGUUCCCAGAGAACCCGAACCAGAGGCUGGUUUCAACUGUGCCUGCUGUGAGUCGAAUUCUAACCCAGAGGGCAGAAGACCUAGGCAAGACAUUCAAGGGAGUUCCUCUGGAGCUGAAUGUGAAUGUGGCCAAUAAGUGGUACUUGACGCCAGCGUUUGACGUCAAUUUUGUGGCUUACUUCCAAGAUCGUGAAAGGAGGUUUGAAGAAUUAGAAAAAUCAAUAGUUUCGAACGUCACUCGGAACAAAGAACUUAAAGACGAGCUUUACGACCUUGAGAAGAAGUUGCGGAAAAUCAACCACGGCGUUGACAACAUGCAAAUUGUCGUGAACAAAAGAGUCGAACAACUUAUAUCUGCGACCCAAAACUUGAAAGGAAUGACAAAUCUAGAAUAUGCUUUACCCGUUACGUGUACAUCGAGUUUAGAGCUGUUAAGUCAACAACAGACUGUUAAAAAGAGCAGCGGCUCGACUGUAGUUGGUGCUAGAAACAAUAAAAGUGAUACUGUCGAGGCCUCCCAAGAUUCGCUCCACGACGAGGAGGUUUUGCUGGUGUUGCAGAAAUGUGAUGUGUGUAAAUUGAGAAAUAAUCAACAUCUGCUGAUACAGUGUGACUCGUGCAAGAUGCAUUUCCAUAUCAACUGUCUAGAUCCUCCACUGAGUCGAGUGCCAAAGAAAGGAGAAAAAUGGCUAUGGCAAUGCAAACUGUGCUGCCCUGAUACGACUAAAGUUCAAGUGUUCGAAGACAACCUGCCUCGCACGCGGAAAAGAACUGUUCUUUUCGGAGCCGAUGGAAAAGAAAAAGAGGAUGAAGAAAAACCAGAAGAACAACCGGAGAAAACUUCAGAUGAUGCAAAGAAAGAGGGUUUGGAAGAAAAUAACGAAUUGAAGCCAAGUAAACAAGCAGAAACAGCUCCAGAGGUUGAAGCUUUAUGCCUCCAAGAAAAGCCGGUCAGUCAGUUCCAAGAAAAGGCUUUGGGAACAGCUACUUCGAGUCUAUUUCUUUCAGAGCCUAAUAAGUCAACUGCCUUAAAACCUUCCAAGCCAACGCUCUCAUCUAUCGUGAAGCCUUCAGACGUUUUUGACUUCCAAGGCUCAGAUGAAGAAGCAGAAAGUGAUGAAAAUAUAUUGCAAAAACUUCCCGAACAAAAACAGCAGAAUUCAGAAACCGAAGCUAAAAACAAAAGUAUUGAACAAAAGGACACCGUUUAUACAAAUACUCGGAAAGAAACAAAUAUUGAAAGUUCAUUUGAAACAGUGGACUCCAACAAGAGCUCUGCAGAGUUUAAUAUUAAUAUUAAAACGCCUCCACCCAUUAAACCAACUUCAAUCAACCUCCCAGCUCUCGGCAGUCGAUCUUUGCAUGAGUACGGGGAUGAAACAACGCCCAGUCCCAGCGAUAAAACGUUGACAUCUUCAACAAACUCCUUCGAAACUGUCCAAAUACGCGAGGAAGACGUUUUAGCUAGAGUAGAAAUUAAUGUACCUGGUCAUCAGCGCAUUGAUCCUUGUUCGUCGCGCGAAGAAACUAUAGCGCAAGAUGAGAGUUCAGUUUUGAAUACUAGUAGCGAGACCGAAAAGCUUAAUGUCCCUUCAGUAGAUCCGAAAUCACCCUCGUCGGAUGGAGAAACGGUUGGGUUUGAGAAUGAAGUUGAAAAAGAAAAGUUAGCUGAAGAAGUUCCUAAGGCAAGAAAAUUUACGUUUGAAAAGGUUGAAACUAGCAAAGAUGGCGCAAUCAAAGCUGAAACACCAACUGGCGAUGGGCUGAAUUCACUGCCUAAAUCUUCACCCCUGGAUCUGAUAGACAAGUGGGCUAAUGAAUCGGAACAAUCUAGACCACCAGUGACAAUCAGCUUUCCGAGUGGAACCAAAGAAGCGCCGAAACCGUCAGUGGAAGAAAAUGGGAAAAGUGACCAAGCAAUUGACGAUUUGAUUGUUACAGAAAUCAUUUGCAGUAAUUCUGGAAGCGAGCAUGCAGAGGACAUGCCAUCUAAAAUUGAAUCCUCAGUAACAAAAGAAGCGCAUGAGAAAGAGAAUGAAGCUGCUCGACCAGUGCCGGAAGUUUCCAAGCCAAAUGAAUCUGCAAGUGAAACUGAGUUUCAAAAAGUUGAAGGCGUUGCAAAACGUAGAAUGACUAAUGGAUUAGGAGAAACUUUGCCCAAGCAUGAAGAUGUUAAUGUGGAAAAAGAGGCUACCAGUUCUAUGGAAAAUAAGUCUGGCAACCAAAACGAUUUUGUGCACAAAAGGCAAUCGGAGGUUUCUAGCUCGGCAACAGAUCAAUUCUCGGCCGAAGAAGUGCAGUAUCGAGAAAUAACAAAAAUAUCACCGGAUGGAGAGCCGGUGAUUGUGCGAAUCGCGAUCAAGCCAAAGAGUAGAACUCAAGAACAUGUCUCUACUGUAGAUAAAAAUGGAGGGUCCACAUUAAAUAAAAGCGUAAUUAAUAUAAUUAAUAAAGUUUCUGAUAGUUCUCCUAUUGCGAAGAUCGAAAAAAGUCAGAACACUGAGACGACUGUAGUUCAAUUUAACCAGGAAGCCGCUAGCGAAAAUUUAAAGCCGCAUCUAGAAAAAAAUCAUUUGACUUCGACUAAAGAACCAAAGUUAUCAGGAGAAGAUAUUCGUAAAGCUUUGCACAAAAAUGUCAAGCCAAUCAAGGAAAAAGGUAAUUCUAAAAUAAAAGAAACUUCAUCUGAGAGACGACACAUAGAACCUCAGAUUAAUGAUACUAGUAAUCAUCAAGUUGAGAAAGACGAGCGCAAACACAAGAAGAAGCACAAAAAAGAAAAACGGCGAAAAUCUGUCGAUCUUGAUGAUUCGAGACAUGUGUCUGCAAAAAGACCAAAAUUAGAUUUAGUUUCUACUAUUAAAGAGUUAGCGGUCGCUGUCGACAAAACGCCGGCUUCAUUUUCGCAAAAACACGAAUUAAUGGUCAAUCUAAGUCCAAUUCAAGCUGUAGAGCUCAAGUCGCCAUUAAUGACAAAAAUAUCUCCCUCGCAAUUGAAGCAGAAAGAACACUUUAAACCAUCAGACGAUAUAGAAGUUAAGCCUUCCAAAGAGACGAAAGUUGUUAACAGGCUAGAAGAGCAAGGUCAUUUUGACGAAACGAAUGAAGUAGUUAAUCAGAAGAUCUCAACAUCGCCAAAAUUGGAUAAUAUUGAAGUCAAGUCGGCAACGUCAAGUGUCGGUCAUUCCGCAGCUGAAAAACAAGCGAAUCCAAAAGUGAAAUCAAUCAAUAGUAAUGCAGCUAAUCCGAUAAGUGAAAAAUCAAUGGGUGCUCUUGGUUCUAAACAACUUCCUCCAAAUUUGGGACUCGAAGAGUCAGGUCUCGCUAGCAGCAAUGAGUAUCAGAAAUCAGCAGAUGAAUUAAAAAUAAGAUCCAGCCAUAGUGAAAAAUUAGCUAAAAUACAUGAGACAAAAAUGGAUGUGCCAUCGAACAAAAUUUUAAACACAUCCGAAAUAAAGUCACCGAAUUUGCUCGAGGGUCAAUCGAAUCCACUAAAGCUAGCGAAAACCAAAGAGUUGGCGUCUUCAGCCAAAAACGCUAAUGCUACUGAAAUGAAGUCGUCUAAGGUACCUGAAGGGCAGAUCUUACCGCCAAAGAUAACUAAAACCAAGGUACAAUUGCUCGAUGAUUUGUUCGGCGGAAUAGAUUCGAACUUGCCUAGUAGCGCAACCGGUGCGAAUAAGCUUAACGUGCCUUCCAAAUCUCAUUCAGAUAAGAAGGACAAAUCUUCUUUCGAAAAAGAAAAGGCGGUUAAGAAAAUUGAAAGUAUAUCAUAUACUCCGCGUCACAAAAUUGAAAGCGAGAUUCGCCAGGCCGAAAAAGAAAAGGAGAAAGAAAGAUCGGUUGAUUUAUCUGAGAAAAAUCUGCACACCAAAAAACCGGACGUGGCCAACUUCAAAAUACCGAAAAAUAAGUCCGCUGGAUCCUCCUAUGCCAACAAAGCAAGCAAAGAUGAGAUUGCGAAAGAAUACGGAGCAACUGUAUCUAAAGGAAAAGAACAGACAAAAAGGCAGUCUAACGAUAAACCCAAUGAGCUUAAAGGACGAAUGUUCGCGGAUCUUGAACUUGCUAAACAAAAACAGGUUACUAAGAAUUCAAAUCGACCGUUCCCACCUAUCAAAGAGCUGCCGAAAGCGAAGGGAUCCAUAGAGAAUAUAGCCGUGGGAAGAUCCGCCCCUGGAACUCCGACUCCGAAUAUUGAAGAUGGAUUGGCUAGUCCAACUCCGACAUUUCCUUCAGCACCAGUGAAAAUGAACCAAAACCUCCUGGGCUCGGAAGAUCCUUUCAAGAGAAAACUCGGUCAGUUGAUGGAGUUCACAGGAAAUUUCGCGGAAUUCUCAAGGCCUCAAAGACGUCCAAGCUUAGGUGCUGAUGAUGAUGAAUAUGAUCCAACGAGUAACUUCAAGGUUGACGUGAAACCUGGAUUACCGCCAACUAACCCGGGAAUUAACAUACCUAGUAAAAGUGUACCGCCGUCAUCGCAUUUACCAGUUCCAUUACCGCCACCUACAGGAUUCAACUACGAUGAUUUCGACUACGACAGACCACCAACACCGCCACCUGGUCUUUUUGAUCCUAAUCUUUCUCAAUCAUCGCCAAAACCUAUUCAAAAAGUCCCACCUAAAUCCCCUUCAGGCUUCAAGCAACCCGUUUUUAUGAAACCAACUGCAACUUACGGUCAAGGUCACCCCACGAAUGCCCCAACGUAUCAGAGCUCAGUCAACAGAAGACAACCGAAUGGUCCCGGCGGGAUCCCACCGCCUGUUCGAAUGGUUCCACCUGGAAGAGCUUCAAGGGAAGGUGUCAAUCGGGCCAACUUCCCGGAAUCCAAUCAGAACAGGGUGGUCCCUCAUCAAACUACACAGACGCAUCAGUCACAAAUCUCAGUAGAUAGAAAUUCGACAAUUCCUCAGUUGAAGCGUAAGAAAGAUUUGAAUGAGUAUCUUCAAGAAACUAGAGCAGCGAAGGUCCAUCACCCGAUGAUAAUUCCUAUAGAGCGAGAGAAGAUGACUGUAUUACCGCCUACGCCGAUAAUCAUUCCUACGGAACGUGUCUCAGUGAAAAACAGUCGUACCCAACCAUCUCCAGUUAGUCCGACGGAGGAAAGUUUUGAAGUUGAAUCACACAUGAUCUCUCCCAAUUUGGAGCACAGAACAUCGCAAUCUAGUGCUUCAAAUGCCAACUCAACUGAAACAAGCCCUGUAAAUCAGAAAAUUAAGAGAACGCUAAGUGACAGUCGAAGUUCAUCAAAUGAGGAAAGUUCCCGACCCGGAACACCUGUGCUUGACGAGCCCUCAGAUCCCUUAAUUAUCAGAUCGACAGAUCCAAAUGAACCCAUACAAGCAAUCGACCCUUCCACAGUUCCUCUAUCACCCAAUGCCACAAUGAAACUGAUGAAGGUUUUAAUCGACCAGAAUUUCUACUGAUGAUUUAAAAUCUAUUUCCAAAACAUAACUGACAUUGAUACUCUUUCAGUUGUAUUUAGAUGUUACAGGCCGAUUAUAUUACUAGUAUAGUCCUUGUAGUGAAAUGUUUUG